GCGGAGCCCUGGCCAGUGCAACCCUCCCCCGGGUUCUGCGGUAGGGCUAUACAGGCAUGGCGAAGUGAGUAACCCACAGUUCUGCUGCCUGCCCUCCCCCCCAAGAUGGUGAAACUGGACAUUCACGCGCUGGCUCAUCACCUCAAGCAAGAACGGCUCUAUGUAAACUCUGAAAAGCAGCUCAUCCAGAGGCUGAACGCUGAGGUGUUGAAAACUGCGGAAAGGUUGUACCGCACAGCCUGGAUUUCCAAGCAGCAGAGGAUUAACUUGGACCGGCUGAUCAUAACAAGUGCUGAAGCUUCCCCAGCCGAAUGUUGCCAGCAUGCCAAAAUCCUGGAGGACACGCAGUUUGUGGACGGGUACAAGCAAUUGGGCCAUCAAGAGACACCCUAUGGGGAGUUCCUCAACAGGCUGCGCGAGAACCCUCGUCUUAUUGCUUCUUGCCUGGUUGCCGGAGAGAAGCUCAACCAGGAGAACACUCAAAGCGUCAUUCACACUGUGUUUACCUCCAUCUAUGGCAAUUGCAUCAUGCCGGAAGAUGAAAGCUACCUCCUCCAGGUCUUGCGUUAUUUGAUCGAGUUUGAACUCAAGGAGAGUGAUAACCCCAGGCGGCUCCUGAGGCGCGGCACUUGCGCCUUCAGUAUUUUAUUCAAACUCUUUUCCGAAGGGCUCUUUUCAGCCAAGCUUUUUCUCACUGCCACCUUGCACGAACCCAUCAUGCAGCUGCUGGUUGAGGAUGAAGACCACCUAGAAACUGACUCCAACAAACUGAUUGACCGCUUUUCUCCCGCUCAGCAGGAGAAGCUCUUUGGAGAGAAGGGCAGUGACAAAUUCAGGCAGAAAGUUCAGGAGAUGGUAGAGUUGAAUGAAGCCAAGUUGGUGGCCUUGGUGAACAAGUUCAUUGGGUACCUCAAGCAAAACACCUACUGCUUCCCACACAGCUUGCGAUGGAUCGUAUCCCAGAUGUACAAAACGCUCUCGUGUGUGGACAGGCUGGAUGUUGGGGAAGUCAGAGCCAUGUGCACUGACCUUCUCCUGACUUGCUUCAUUUGUCCUGCGGUGGUCAACCCGGAGCAGUACGGGAUUAUUUCUGAUGCCCCAAUCAAUGAAGUGGCAAGAUUUAACCUGAUGCAGGUUGGGAGACUUCUUCAGCAGCUGGCGAUGACUGGUUCUGAAGAAGGAGACCCUCGUAUGAAGAGUAACUUGUGUAAAUUUGACAAAGGCUGCGUAGCUGCAUUUCUGGAUGUUGUCAUCAGUGGGCGUGCAGUGGAAACCCCUCCCAUGUCCUCAGUUAACCUUCUGGAAGGGCUGAGCAGGACUGUGGUUUAUGUGACCUACAGCCAACUUACUGGCCUGGUCAGCUUUAUGAGGAAUGUCAUGUCUGGCGACCAGCUGAAGGAAGAUCGGGCAGCUCUGGAAAACGUCCUGUCAAACUUGCCCCAGAACAAGCCGGGAAAGAGCAGCAGCCUGGAAAUGACCCCUUACAACACCCCACAGCUCUCGCCAGCAACCACUCCGGCCAACAAAAAAAAUCGAUUGCCUAUAGGACAACAGUUGGCAGCUAUCACUGCCUGGGACACGUCGGCCACCAACCUGACUGCUCACAUAAACCUAGUAACCCCUUUUGCCACUCGCAGCAGAAGCCGGUCGAAUAUGCAGAUGGACCAGCACGCUGACCACGACGGGCCCUCCCAGGAGACGAUACCAGAAGUUCAACCGGAAGAAGUCUUGGUUAUAUCCCUUGGGACCGGACCCCAAAUAACUCCAGGAAUGAUGUCAGAAAAUGAGGUUUUAAACAUGCAGCUUGCUGAUGGAGGGCAAGGAGAUGUCCCUGUUGAUGAAGCCAAACUCCACGGUAAACCUGAUAAAACCUUGCGCUUUUCCCUCUGCAGUGAUAAUCUGGAAGGAAUAUCUGAAGGCCCUUCAAACCGCUCUAAUUCUGUAUCCUCGCUGGAUUUGGAAGGGGAAUCUGUGUCUGAACUGGGUGCAGGCCCAUCAGGCAGCAACGGGGUGGAAGCCCUGCAGCUUCUGGAACACGAACAAGCUACCACUCAGGAUAAUCUUGAUGACAAGCUCCGUAAGUUUGAGAUUCGUGAUAUGAUGGGGUUAACCGAUGACAGAGACAUCUCCGAAACUGUGAGCGAAACAUGGAGCACCGACGUCCUGGGGAGCGACUUUGAUCCAAAUAUUGACGAGGACCGCUUGCAAGAAAUGGCAGGUGCAGCAGCUGAGAAUAUGCUGGGGAGCUUGCUAUGCUUGCCCGGUUCAGGGUCAGUGUUGCUUGACCCCUGCACGGGUUCAACCAUCUCGGAAACCACCAGCGAAGCUUGGAGUGUGGAAGUGCUACCGAGCGACUCAGAGGCCCCAGACCUAAAGCAGGAGGAGAGGCUGCAGGAGCUGGAGAGCUGCUCUGGGGUGGGCAGCACCUCUGAUGACACGGAUGUCAGGGAGGUCAGUUCUCGCCCCAGUACGCCAGGCCUCAGCGUGGUGUCAGGUAUUAGUGCAACCUCUGAGGAUAUUCCCAACAAGAUCGAGGACCUCCGAUCUGAGUGUAGCUCAGACUUUGGUGGAAAAGAUUCAGUAACCAGCCCUGAUAUGGAUGAAACUGCUCAUGGUGCCAGCCAGCUGUCCUCUCCCCCUUCUCAGGUGGAUUCCUUGCUUGCCAUGUUUGACCCCUUGGCAUCACACGAAGUGGUGAGGCCUAAAGUGCACUAUGCAAGACCGUCACACCCUCCGCCAGAUCCCCCAAUUCUGGAAGGAAUGCUGGGUGGCAACGAGGCCCGUUUGCCCAACUUUGGCUCCCACACGGCAAUGCUCAUAGACUCAGAGGCGUUCAAGCAGCGGCAUUCCUAUCCGGAGAGGCUCGUGCGCAGCAGGAGCUCCGAUAUAGUGUCAUCUGCUCGGCGGCCGAUGAGUGAUCCCGGCUGGAACAGGCGUGCUGGGAACGAAGAGAGGGAGCUUUCUGUGCCCCCUGGCAGCAUGGGGGCCCCCGCUUUGAUGAACGCGCCGCAGUCCUCUUCCUCCUCUCCUAGCAAAGAUUUCUGUAGAGGAGAGGUUGAAGACCGAAAAGACAGCGAUGAUGAGAAAUCUGACAGGAACAAACCAUGGUGGAGAAAGCGCUUUGUUUCAGCUAUGCCCAAAGCUCCAAUCCCAUUUCGAAAAAAAGAAAAACAAGACAAGGACAAAGAUGAGUUCUUCCCUGACAGAUAUGGCUCUCUACAAGAUGACCCCAGUCCUAGGCUGAGUGCUCAAGCGCAGGCUGCAGAGGACAUCCUGGACAAGUACAGGAAUGCGAUUAAGCGGACCAGCCCUAAUGAGGGGGCUGCAGUGAACUACGAUAGCACAGAUGCCAUUGGAGACGGCGAAAGCAUCCACGACUCUCCGCGUGAUGACGCCUUGCAAAACAUGUCUGCAGAUGACCUCCCAGAUUCUGCUAGUCAAGUAGCUCAUCCUCAGGAUUCUGCUUUCUCCUACAGGGAUGCCAAGAAGAAAUUGCGGCUCGCGCUCUGUUCAGCAGAUUCUGUUGCCUUCCCCAUGUUGUCUCACUCCACACGGAAUGGGCUUCCUGAUCAUACAGACCCCGAAGACAACGAAAUUGUGUGCUUCCUAAAAGUUCAGUUGGCAGAAGCUAUCAACCUCCAAGAUAAGAACCUGAUGGCCCAGCUACAGGAGACGAUGCGCUGUGUCGGCCGCUUCGACAACAGGACCUGCCGUAAGCUGCUGGCUUCUAUUGCCGAGGAUUACAGGAAAAGAGGCCCAUACUUUACGUAUCUGACUCGGUGUCGCCAAGGCCUGCAGACAACCCAGGCGCAUUUAGAAAGGCUGCUGCAGAGGGUUCUGCGCGACAAAGAGCUGGCCAACCGGUACUUCACCACCGUGUGCGUGCGGCUGCUUUUGGAAAGCAAAGAGCCGAAGAUCAGAGAGUUCAUUCAAGAUUUCCAGAAGCUGACCGCAGCAGAUGACAAGACUGCCCAGGUGGAAGACUUCCUCCAGUUCCUGUACGGGGCCAUGGCCCAGGAUGUCAUCUGGCAGAACGCCAGCGAGGAGCAGCUUCAAGAUGCCCAGCUAGCCAUUGAGCGCAGCGUCAUGAACCGCAUUUUCAAGCUGGCCUUUUACCCUAACCAGGACGGGGACAUCUUGCGUGAUCAGCUUCUCCAUGAGCACAUCCAGAGGCUAUCGAAAGUAGUAAGCGCAAACCACAAAGCACUUCAGAUCCCCGAGGUCUAUCUCCGGGAAGCUCCCUGGCCAUCAGCGCAGUCCGAGAUCCGCACAAUUAGCGCCUACAAGACCCCUCGGGAUAAGCUGCAGUGCAUCUUGAGAAUGUGCUCCACCAUCAUGAACAUGUUGAGCCUGGCUAAUGAAGACUCGGUCCCUGGGGCAGACGAUUUUGUUCCUGUCCUCGUAUUUGUGCUCAUAAAGGCCAACCCACCCUGCCUUCUGUCCACUGUCCAAUACAUCAGUAGCUUCUACGCCAACUGUUUAACUGGAGAAGAAUCAUAUUGGUGGAUGCAGUUCACAGCGGCAGUGGAGUUCAUAAAAACCAUUGACGAACGCAAGUGAUCCAAGCCAGCGUCUUGCC